ACCCGACGACGAAGGAAGAUACUCAUUUCCAUUUGUACCAGCAAGAUGGAGAAGUCGUUGUUGCUUCUCUUCGUUACUUUCUUCUGCUUCCUGGUCUCCUGCAAUGGGAUCGAGACUCCCCAGUUCACGGUUGUUCACUCCGAAUCAGAUUUCGAGGUCAGAUUUUACAGAGAAUCUUCGUGGAUGUCAGCUCCCACUCGAGAAAUUUCGUUCCAAAAGGCGACCAAGGAUGGCUUCCACAGAUUAUUUCAAUACAUCCAAGGUGCCAAUUUAAACUCCUCUCGACUUAGAAUGACAACUCCAGUGUUGACAAGCAUUGUACCUGGAGCUGGCCCCCUAGGCUCGUCGGCCUACUUUGUUCAGUUCUACUUGCCAGCGAAGUUUCAAGCAGUGCCACCUUUACCACUCCCUGAACUGAACCUGCAACCUGAUGCAUGGGAUGGUCACUGCAUUGCAGUCAGGAAGUUCUCAGGGUUUGUUAGGGAUAGCAAUGUUGUUGAGGAAGCAGAGAAACUUGCUCUAAGCCUGAGCAGGUCUCCAUGGGCAGACUCGACCUCUGCUGAUGAUAAAUAUGCUUAUUCAAUUGCGCAAUAUAAUCAUUUUCGGGUUACUGAGCGGAAAAAUGAAGUCUGGGUGAAGGUUCAUGGAUCUGAGCUCAGUGGCUGCCGAUCAAGUGGCGUAGCUACUCACUAAAAUAGUCUCUGGAUUUGGCGGGUCAUACCAGGGAUUGCUUGGAUAUAUAUAUUGCUGUAUAACAUAGUGUCUCUGUGUUUGUAUAUUUAUGGAUAUAUCUGUAUAGGACUGCAUUGAUGGAUACUCAUGUAUGCUGCCUUUUCAUUCCAGUUGUGCAUAAGAAGAAAAUGGAUAAAA